ACGCGUGCUGGACCCGUCUCUCUCGCAGUACUUCACGGAGAUCGCCACCGCGUGGGAAGACACCCCCGACCCGCAAGACCGAGCCUCCAUCGCCGCCAAUGCUCUGGAGGAGGCUCGGGGGAAGGAGCACCAGUUGCUGUGGGACACCCAGACCUGCCGCACGCUCGAGCCGCUCCUCUCCGCCGCCCCCCCCGCCGCCGCCGCCCGCUUCCUCGCCGGCGCCUGCUGCUGCGCGCGCAGGAAGGGAGGGGAGGGUGGGGAAGACGCGGGGGGAGGGGGGGAGGGAACGGGGGAGCGGGAGGUGAAUGUCUGCCGGGAUGUAUUGGCGCAUGGGCUUGCGUCGAGGGUGAUUGAAGCGGGUCUGCAGAAUAUCCGCGCGUGGGUGACUGGAGAGAGCAGGAAACGUGGCAGCGCGGGAUUGGACGGAACCGGGGCAGGAGACGACGAGAACGAGGAGCAGGAUGGGGAGGGAGAGGAGGAGGAGGAAAACGAGGAGGGGACGGGAGGUCAGGGUGAUUUACCGAAAUGGACCGGAACAGUGCGGGUGGUUUUGAAAAAAAUCUGCAAAGAGGUGACAGAGUACCCUCUAGCAGCCAUGACGAGCCCGGCUUGCUCCCACGUGCUGCGCUCCCUGCUGCUUCUCCUCGCCUGCCGCCCCAUCCACGACACCCCUGCAGCAGCAGAGGGCACAAGGAAGGCCCGGCGGGAUGGGGCUGAGGGCGUGGGUGGGGAGGAGAAGAGGGAGCAGGGCGGGGAGCAGGGUGGGGAGGAGGGGAGAGACGGUGGCGCAGGAAAAAGGUUCGGCGGGCGUUUGCCUCCGCAGAUCCAGCGGGCAGCCGGGAAUUUUCCCCAGUCUUCUGGAACGACCUUUCCGGGGCUGCCCGGAAUGGCUGGGCAGGGUGCAGGCUUGGCAGGAGGGAAGGAAGUGGGAGCAGCAGCAGGGGGGGCAGAAGCAGCGGCAGCGGCGGAGCGAGGGAGGAGGGUGGGGGCGGCGUUGGGGUUCCCGGCGCUGCUACGAAAGGUGGUGGUGGGGGUGACGGCGGCAGCAGCGGGGGCGGACGAGGCAGUGCCGUCAGCAGCAGUGGCGUGGUCGCCCUAUGGGGACUCGUGGGCCCUCGCUUGUGACCCGUCUGCUGGGCCACUGCUGCAGGUGAGUGUGGUGGUGCUGCUGCUUCUUAUGCUGCUUCUAGUGCCGUCAGCAGCAGUGGCGUGGUCGCCCUAUGGGGACUUGUGGACAUUGGCUUGUGACCCGUCUGCUGGCCCUCUGCUGCAGGUGCUGUUGGAUGUGAUUCGCGAUGAUGCUGCUCUGCUCUUGAGUCAAGUCAAAGGCCUUGCCCUCCUUCCCCCACGUGUGCAACCUGUGCAACCCUCCCCGCCUGUGCAGGUGCUGUUGGAUGUGAUUCGCGAUGAUGCUGCUCUGCUCUUGAGUCAAGUCAAAGGCCUUGCCCUCCUUCCCCCACGUGUGCAACCUGUGCAACCCUCCCCGCCUGUGCAGGUGCUGUUGGAUGUGAUUCGCGAUGAUGCUGCUCUGCUCUUGAGUCAAGUCAAAGGCCUUGCCCUCCUUCCCCCACGUGUGCAACCUGUGCAACCCUCCCCGCCUGUGCAGGUGCUGUUGGAUGUGAUUCGCGAUGAUGCUGCUCUGCUCACCCACGUCAUCACCUCUCUGCUCCACCUGCCCGAGGCUGCGCUCCGGGCAGCGGCGAAAAACAGGAAGCGGGCAGGGCCAGGCAGGCAAGAAGGAGGGCGUGGGAAGAAAAGAAGCAGAAGAGAAGAAGAGGAGAGAGGGGAGGAGGGAGAGGAAGGAGAUGAGGAGGAAGGGAGGAGAAGAGCAGCAGAGGGAGGCGAGGAAGGGGAGGAGGUGGAGCAGCAGGUGGAGGAGGAGGUGGGGCAGAUCAUAGAGCUGAUGAAGGACCGCUGCGGGUCGCGAUUCAUGGAGACCGUGAUUCAGCUCGCCCCUCCAUCCCUCCGCUCCUCUCUCCUGCGAGUGGCCCUGCUGCCCCACCUGCUGCCCCUCGCACUGCACCCCAUCGCCAACUACACUGUGCAAACCGCCCUCUCCGCCCUCCUCUCCCCCACCGACACCAAACGCGCCUUCAAGGCUCUGGCGGGGGGAGGGCAGGGGGAAGGGGAGGGCGUGGGGAGUGGGGCAGGGGGAGGGGAGGCGGGGGGUGGAGAGGGGGGGGAGGGGGGAGGGAGAGGGGUGGGGUUGUUGGCACUGCUGAAAGGAGGAAGGGGCCGGGUGGUACUGGCGCUGCUCAUUGCUUGUGGACGCACCAAGACGUUUCAGUCACGGGUGAGUGAGAAUUGUGAUUUCUGGAGCCACUUCUGUGAAUCAGGGAGCGUGGUGUUGGCGCUGCUGAAGGGGGGCAGGGUCGUGUGGGAGCGUGGUGUUGGCGCUGCUGAAGGGGGGCAGGGUCGUGUGGUGUUAGCGCUGCUGAUUGUGUGUGGACGCACCAAGACGUUCCAGGCACGGGCCUGUGACAGCCUGCUAGCAGCCCUCUCCUCCUCACCAGCACCAUCACCAGUGGACGCGGCAGCAGCAGAUGCGGCAGCAGUGGGCGAUCUGCUGUGGCUGGACGCGUGGCUGGCAGUGAGAGUGAACGAUGUGCGCUCCAACCGAGCCAAGAAGCAGCUUGUUCGAAUUGAAUUCUCAAAGUCCAAUUCCUUCCCAUGCACUCGCCCCUUGCAGGCCUGUGAGAGCCUGCUAGCAGCCCUCUCCUCCUCACCAGCACCAUCACCAGUCGACACGUCAGCAGGGGAUGCGGCAGCAGUGGGCGAUCUGCUGUGGCUGGACGCGUGGCUGGCAGUGAGAGUGAACGAUGUGCGCUCCAACCGAGCCAAGAAGCGCCAGCAGCAGCAGGGGUGGGGCUCCGUGCCCGUGACCGAGCGUGGGGCGGUGUCGUUCGUGGGGUGCAUGGCGCUGCAGACCAUCUUCUCGUUUCCUUUGGAGGCGUCUAAGCGGGUGGUGCAGGCGUGUGUGGCGCUCCCCCCCUCCUACCUCAUGCAUCUGGCCACGGAUGUCAAGGGCACCCGCGUGCUCUCCGCCUUCUUCCGUGCUGCCACUGUCCCUCUGGACCUCAAGACCACCAUGCUCAACAGUUUGAAGCCGCGCCUGACGACGAUAGCAGCAGAUAGGCUGGGUGCGUUUGUGGUGUCGGCAGCAUUUGAUGCCAUGACGGUGGAAGGCAAGCAGAUGAUUCUCGCUGAGCUGGCGACGCGCUAUUCGUCGGCGUCGUCCUCUCUGCUGCAGCGGCCUCUCUUCCGCCACAUGGGCCUCGCAGAAUACCUGGAGAGCCCAGAGGCGUGGCAGAAGCAGCAGCAGCGCAAGGAGGGCCUGAUGCGAGAGUUCCAAGACCUGCUUGCACCUGCUCCCGCUGCCUUCCCCUCACUGGCUCCUGCUCCCCCUGCACUGCCUUCCGCCUCCGCACCUGAUGCCAAGCCUCGUAAGAAGAAGAGAGAACCGGCUGUGGAAGCAGCAGCUUCGGCUGUAACCAAGAAGAUGAAAAGUGGGAAGAAGAGAAGAGGGGGUGAUGAGGGGGAUGAGGGGGAAGAGGGGCGGCAUGGAGGGAGUGAUGUGGGAAGCAGAGGGGGAGGCAAGUCUGGGGGGGCGUUGAGAGGGAUUGUGGAGCAAUUGGAGCUGGGGAGUGAGAUGGCGAUGUUGGGGUUUAGUGGUGAAGGUGGGGAGAUUGGACAAGAGGAGAUGGAUGGCCGGCGCGCCGCCGCCGCCGCAGUGCAACGCGACGCUCACGACGGGCUGCUUGCAAUGUGUGGCUGGCAAGGGGCAGCAGCUGAUGACGUCAACGGGGUACGCUCCUACACGGUGUACGACGCGCGGAAUCUGCAGGCGGGAGUGCUGUCCAUGGGGCCCGUGGCGCACACGACGACGGUGGUGAUCGGCUACACGGCGUACGAGACACCGAAUCUGCAGGCGGGCGCGCUAUCCAUGGAGCCCGUGGCGUACACCACGGUCAUUGGGCUGGCUCUCACGUCCCUGCAUUUCCUUUCCCCCUUCCCUCGUGGCAGCUACACGGCGUACGACUCGCCGAAUCUGCAGGCGGGCGUGCUGUCCAUGGGGCCCGUGGCGUACACGACGGUGGUCAUCGGGCUGACCCUCACACUGCCUCAUCCCAUCCCCCCAUUGCCCCGCCCCUUUCCCCUCAGCUACGCGGCAUACGACUCACCUAACCUGCACGCUGGCGCGCUGUCGAUGGAGCCCGUGGCCUACACGGCGUACGACUCGCCGAACCUGCAAGCCGGCGCGCUAUCAAUGGAGCCGGUGGCGUACACCACGGUCGUCAUCGGGCUGGCCGUGGUGGUGCAGAUCAUCGGCCUCGUGUGCUUUGGUGCGGAAGCCGACUUUGGGCAGGGGCGAUGGCGGAUGCUGCUGGUGGGCACGCUGAUGGGGGCAGUACCCUGCAUUCUCUGCCUGGCGCUCACGUCACCGUCGCUCUGGUGGCUGGCAGGGCUGUUUGCAAUCAUCGCCAACCUCGGAUACGGCAUCUCGCUCGUCGGCUACAACAGGUGA